AUGGAUUGCAAAGACAGACCAUCUUUUCCAGUCAAGAAGUUAAUACAAGCUCGCCUGCCCUUCAAGCGCCUGAGUCUUACUCCCAAGGAGAAGCUGGAUGAUGGCCCAGACCACCCAAAAGGCUCUCGGAGUGCUGCUGUGCACAGCAAAAGUCCCGACCUGGACACCUCUCUGGACCGCCUGGAGAACGACUGCCAUGCAGGUCCUGAGGCCGAAUGCAGGCCAAGACUCGUCAACGGGAAAGGCCCCUUAGACAACUUUUUAAAAAGAGCCAAGAGCAAACCUGGUGUAACCCCAGUCCUGAUUGACCUGACAGAGGACUCGAGUGACCAGCCCAGCAGCCCUGUGGACCACACUCAGUACAGUUCUGAAGCCUCUCCCUUCAGAGUGGCUGUAAAUGGGGUUGGAGAGGAAGACCAAGGUCAGAGGGGCCUAGCAAAGGCCAGUCAGGACACAGACAUGACAUCUUCAGAGGACACCCUUUCCAGCCUCCUUGUGUGCCAUGGAGAGGGGUGUGCCAGUACAGGAGGCACAGACAGUCACAGAAACGUGCAGAAGAGCCCACCAGAAGGUAGCCCUGGACUGCCAGGUGGUCAGAGAACGUGCUCUGCAUGGGAACUGCAGGGUUGGAGUGAGGCGGGGGGCAUCCUGUUCAAAGGGAAGGUUCCCGUGGUGCUCUUGCAGGAUAUCCUGGUGGUGAAAGCUCCUUGGCCCGAGUCUCCGCAGACACCACCAUUGGACAAGAGCAUGGCUUGGGAAAGUGCAGUGCUCGGCUCUUGCCCCGAAGAAGACUCUGUUCUCAGCCAUUCGUCCCUGAGCUCGCCCUCAGCUACCAGUUCACCUGAGGGACAGCCUGUUCCUAGGAAGCAGCCCAGCAGCCCCAGCCCCAUACCUGCCUCCACCCCCACCCGCAGAAUUACCAAGAAAUGUGUCAAAACUUCUUCAGAGAAGGAGCUGAUGAGACUGCAAAGGGACAAAGAGCGCUUGGGCAAGCAACUGAGGUUACAGGCAGAAAAGGAGGAGAAGGAGAAAUUGAAAGAGGAGGCCAAGCGGGCCAAGGAAGAAGCCAGAAAAAAGAAAGAGGAGGAGAAGGAGCUCAAGGAGAAGGAGCGGCGGGAGAAGAGGGAGAAAGACGAGAAGGAGAAGGCCGAGAAGCAGCGACUCAAGGAGGAGAAGCGCAAGGAGAGGCAGGAGGCGCUCGAGGCUAAACUUGAAGAAAAAAGGAAAAAAGAGGAGGAGAAACGGUUAAAGGAAGAAGAAAAGCGCAUCAAGGCAGAGAAAGCAGAGAUCACCAGGUUCUUCCAGAAGCCAAAGAUCCCACAGGCCCCCAAGACUCUGGCCGGCUCCUGUGGCAAGUUUGCCCCGUUUGAGAUCAAAGAGCACAUGGUCCUUGCGCCACUGUGCCGGACAGUCUUCGACCAGGACCUCUGUGAGCAGUUAGACCAGCUCCUCCAGCAGCAGAGUGGCAGCGGCUCCUUCCUGCAGGACCUGAGAGGCCGGCAGCCCCUCACGUCCGGACCCACCAUCGUCUGUAACAGGAACUCUGAUGCCUUCAACAGUGACGUGGUCAUUGUGGAGAGCGGCAAGGCGGACGGUGUUCCCGAAAGGCGGAAGUUCGGCAGGAUGAAGCUCCUGCAGUUCUCGGAGAACCACCGGCCAGCGUACUGGGGCACGUGGAAUAGGAAGACAGCUACCAUCCGCGCGCGGAACCCCUGGGCUCAGGACAGGAAGCUGUUCGACUAUGAGGUGGACAGUGAUGAGGAGUGGGAAGAGGAGGAGCCGGGAGAGUCGCUGUCCCACAGUGAAGGGGACGAUGAUGAUGAGGUGGGCGAGGAUGAAGACGAGGACGAUGGCUUUUUUGUGCCCCACGGGUACCUCUCAGAGGAUGAAGGUGUGACCGAGGAGUGUGCAGACCCCGAGAACCACAAGGUCCGCCAGAAGCUAAAGGCCAAGGAAUGGGACGAGUUUCUGGCCAAAGGAAAGCGGUUCCGUGUCCUCCAGCCUGUGAAGAUCGGUUGCGUCUGGGCAGCUGAGAAGAACGGCUGUGCCAGUUCCGACCUCAAGGUGCUGCAGCAGUUUGCCGCCUGCCUCCUGGACACGGUACCCCCCGAGGAGGAGCAGACGCCCAAGACCUCCAAAAAGGAGAAAAGGGACCACCAGAUCCUGGCUCAGCUCCUCCCUCUGCUUCACGGCAACGUGAACGGGAGCAAGGUGAUCAUCCGGGAGUUCCAGGAGUGCUGCCGCCAGGGCCUGCUCGCGAGGGACACCGGUAGCCCCGAGCGCAGCUCUGCCAGCCCCCCGAGCCCCAGCUCCUCCCGGCCACAGACCCCCACUGCUGGCGAGGACACUGCUGUGCCCUCCAAGGCCAGGCUCAAGCGGAUCAUUUCUGAGAACUCAGUGUAUGAGAAGCGACCCGACUUCCGGAUGUGCUGGUACGUCCACCCGCAGGUGCUCAAGACCUUCGACCAGGAACAUCUACCUGUGCCCUGCCAGUGGAGCUAUGUCACCACAGUGCCCUCGGCCACGCGAGAGGACAGCGGAGGGCCCCCGGCUGGGGGGCCCGGCCUGACCACACCCCUCCCGCUGAAGAGGAAGUCGGCAGGCAGCAUGUGCAUCACGCAGUUCAUGAAGAAGCGCCGGCACGAUGGGCAGGCUGGAGCUGGGGACAUGGAUGGCUUCCAGGCAGACACAGAGGAGGAGGAGGAAGAAGAGGGUGACUGCAUCAUGAUGGACAUCUCGGACGUCGGAGAGGGCCCAUGUGGCACCCCCUCAGGAUCCGCGGGGGCAGUGGGUGUGGACACAUGCGAAGGCCCGCUGCCUGUGAGCGGAAUGCUGCUGUCCUGA